AAGACGAAGAAGAUGAUGAUUUCAAAUGAUGAACAGGUGACAGCCAUGUUUGCCUUCGGAGACUCGUUAAUAGACAAUGGAAAUAAUAAUUUCCUAAAUUCUUUUGCUAAAGCUAAUUACAUUCCUUAUGGAAUUGAUUUUAAUGGCGGCAUUCCUUCUGGAAGAUUCACCAAUGGACUCACAAUUAUUGAUUAUCUAGGAGAAUUGUUGGGUCUUCCUUUAAUUCCAGCUUUUGCGAAUCCAUUUAAAAACAUUCAUAAAGGAGUCAAUUAUGCUUCUGCAGCUGCCGGCAUCCUUCAACUGACCGGACAAAACCUAGGGGAACGAUUUAGUUUAAGGCAACAAGUGGAUAACUUCAGAAUGACAUUGACUGAACUAAGGAUACAAAUGAACCGACAGGAUCUAUCUAAAUACUUAAAGAAAUCGAUCGCGGUUAUGAUCUUAGGAAGCAACGAUUAUCUCAACAACUAUCUUAAUCCCGCUUUCCCAUCGAGCAAAUUUUACAAUCCUGAAGCAUUUGCUAACCUUCUCAUUAAUCGCUACACAACUCAUAUCUUGACACUACAUGGACAUGGAUUGCGUAAAUUCUUGUUGGCCGGAGUGGCGCCAAUGGGUUGCAUACCUAGCCAGUUGGCGGUUUCUGCGACGGGAAAAUGUUCUAAAUACGUGAAUAAUGUGGUGGAGAUGUUUAACCGGCGUCUGAAAAGUCUUGUUAUUCGAUUGAACACUGAAUUUCCUGAAUCUAUCUUUGUUUAUGGAGAUACUUUUGCGGCUUUCAGUGAGUUAAUUCAAAAUUCUACAAAAUACGGUUUGAAUGUUGCUGAUAAAGGGUGUUGUGGGGUUGGAAGGAAUAAAGGGCAAAUAUCAUGUUUGCCAUUUUUUCGUCCAUGUAGAAAUAGAGAUGAAUAUGUUUUCUGGGAUGCUUUUCAUCCAACUCAAGCUGCUAAUCGAAUUAUUGCUCAAAGGGCUUAUAAUAAUAAUAAUGGUACAUCUUUUAAUUAUUGUUAUCCAAUCAAUGUCAAACAAAUGGCGCACCUCUAA